UAACCCGACUACAGAUCAGAGAGACGCCAACAUGAUGCUGUUCCUCUUCCUGUUUGCUCUGGCUCUGGGUGCUGUGUCUCCUUCAGGUGAACUUGAAGUCAAGCUGCUGCGUGGAAGCUGUCCCUCGUUCUGGUUCAGCUUUGACGGCCGCUGCUACAAGUACGUAUCUACACCACUGUCCUGGGCUGAUGCUGAGCUCUACUGUGUGUCACAGGGAGCCAACCUGGUGUCUAUCCACAGUGAGGGAGAACAAAGUUUUGUCAGAUCCUUGGUCAGGAACUUUGACCAUGCUGAGGGACUAACAUGGAUCGGACUCACUGACGCUCACAAGGAAGGAAACUGGAUGUGGUCUGAUGGUUGUGCAGCGAAAUUUACACAGUGGCAUGUUGGGGAGCCCAAUAAUGGUGGAGGACGUGAACACUGUGUUCACAUUAAUUAUGGAACACACAAGAGAUGGAAUGACGUGACUUGUACUUAUACAUAUCCCUCUGUUUGUGCAACACGCAAAGCCACCUGUCCUUAACAAUUCUUCAACGUGAUUCCUUGUGAUGCUCUGACAUACAUCCUAAACAAACAUAAAAAUGUGCACUUGUACGUUUGUAUGCAGAAAUCUUGUAUUGAUUUAUUAUUAUAUAGAAAGAUGAUUUAAAUCGUUACAUUUGUACAUCUUGCAGGUAUUUGUUUUUCAUGUGUUUUGGGUGCAUAGUAAUGUAGAAGAAUACCUUUGACUCCACCAUAUUUGGCGAAUCCUACAGAUGAGAUGGAUGACUAAAGGGGAAAAAAAAAUAAAAAAAAUGAUGCAUUGACCUCAAUUAAUUGGAUUAUUUUGUGACUUUUGGGAAGUUGAAUAUGCCAGGCAACAAGUCGAGAAUGUCACUCGCAACGGAAUAUCAUGGACACAUGUACAGACACACAUGCAGUCUGAUUUGACUGUCUAGAGCUAGACUAUAUCUCUGAGUGCUACCUGAUGCUGAAACAUGUUUUUCUUUGUCAAAUGUCAUAAGAAAAGAAUAAUUAUGUAAUGUAUGAUGAUAAUAGGGUCUUAUCUAUGUUUUAUUGUAAAUUGAAACAUUUUAAGUGUUUUUAUGAUUUAUGGUUUAGGAAAAAUCUCCUUAAUGAUGAAAAGAUGUAUAAACACACACUUAUUAAACCAAAUCAACCUCUGGAUGAUUAAAUUAUUCCUGUUGAAAACCUUUGCUCAUGUACAUAAUUUGUUGAUAAUAAAACUAUGAUAAAACAA